CCAAAAAUGAGUGAGAGGUCAGAUCAGGUAUAGCCAAACAAAUAUCAACGCGUUUCUUGUCAAUAUUUUCAUUUAUUUGGAUUUGAUUACCAAGCAUAGAGAUUGACUGUUAGAUAAGACAAAGAUGUCUGAUGAGGUCAUAAAGUUAAUCAUUGAUCAAAACAGCAGCGACAACAAUGUCAGAACUCUAGCUGAAUUGGAGUUUAAUAAACUUCUGGCCGAGAAUCCAUCGCAGAUUUUGUUCUAUUGUAUUCAAAUUGCUGGUAAUGAGAAUCUCCCAAUUGAUAUUCGUCAAGCAACCUUAUUACAUAUCAAGAGAUUAGUGCCAAAGUAUUGGUCCCUUGGAUUUCAAUCAUUCGUGGGUCCACCUGUGAAUCAAGACAUCAAAGCCACCAUUCGUAAGGACUUAUUAACCAUUGCUACUUCAUCACCCAAUUCCAAAUUAAGAAGUGGUAGUGCUUAUUCAAUAGUUCAAAUUGCAUCUGUUGAAUAUCCAGAUGAAUGGCCUGAUUUAUUGACUUAUAUCUAUGGAGCUGCUUCUAACUUUGACAAUGAAAUUUCAAUGUUAGGUGGUUUAACUGUGUUGAAUGAUUUAUUCGAUGAUUUAAUUACAGAAGAACAAUUUUGGGGUGGGGUUGGUACUGAAGUAUCCAAUUAUAUUUUCUCAGUACUUGAAAAGGAUAGCAUUUCACUGGAGACCAAAUCUAUGGCAGUUAAAUUAUAUCAAAGUGUGGUUACUACUUUAUUAGGACUUGAAGGAACCAGUAACAACGAUAGAAAACAAUACACUAUCAAUCAUAUUAAAACUAGUAUUCCAAUUCUUUUAAAGUCUCUUAAAUCUUCAUUUGAUUUAUCCAUUAAAAGUUCAAACGUCAUAUCUUUACAAGAGCUUUAUUUAAGAUCAAAUAUUUAUUUAUCCUUGACAACUAUAUUAAGUAGUCUCAGUUCUAAAAUUCAAAUAGAUCUCAGAAAAUCAAUAUUGGAAGUUGCCUUAAAUGAUGUAACUUAUAUCAGCGAAGUGUUUCAAAAAGUGGUGGUUCUUGAACAAGCCGAGGUACAAGUUCAAGCAACUUCUGAAUUAAAUGAUCCAGAGAAUCUCAUAAGCAUUGUCAUAUCCGAAUUAUUGCGUACGAUCUCAGUGUUACAAGUUAAACUUCCAGUAAUCGAAGGUGACUCUAAUCGCUUUUCUACUGACUUGAUUAACUUAUCCAUACUACCAUCCUCAACAACUAAUGAAUACGACGAUGAUUUAAAUCUUUACAUCACUGAAAUCACCGGUCUUAGUAUUAAUGCUUCCCCUAGGGAGUCAAUUUACGAAUUAGUUUCAGAGAUUAACGAUGCGGAUGCAGCUAAAUUAUUCAUUCAUACCUUUCAAUCUCUUGGUCAAACUGAUUCAUGGAUUGUGAAAGAGGCUUCUUUAUACAUUCUCGAAGCAUUAUUCUCUAAUGAAGAUUCUGAAAUUAUAAAUAACAACGAAUCUUUAUUAGAGUUACUCAAUAGAUUAAGUGGAUUUAUUUCAGAUACCAAUUUCCUUGUCAGUUCAAGAGCUAUAUUAUUAUUACCCAAGUUUUUUGAAAAAUUCGAAUCAAGACUUUCUGUCUCAACUAUAGGUAUAAAGACAUUCACCGAUACUAUAUCCGUCGCAGCUCAAGAUUCAUCAUCAAAGUUCAUCAAAGUAAGUACUUUAGUAAGUCUUACCUACUACAAUCAGUUUAUAAACUUUAAUGAAAACUUGCCAAAUGAAGUCAAAGAAGACAUUCAAUUGGCUAUUUUCCGCAUAGUAUUUUCAUUAAUAGAUGAUUGCGAAGAAGAUGGGUUAGCUCCAUUAUUGGAAGCAAUUACAGUUGCUAUUGAUAUUGAUCCACAUAGUGCCUCCUCAUUCCAAGUUGUUGAGAAUGUCACUGUUGCAGAUCUUAUAUUUAGAAUUGCCUUCAAGGAUCCAGCUAAUGUCCAACUUAAUGUUGAUUCUUCUGAUGGAUUAAGUACUCUUUUAAAGAAUAUUUCUGAACCAGAUUAUAUCAGAAGUUGUGAAAAAUCAUUACCUUUCAUACUUGAUUUAUUAAAAGAAAAGAUUAGUCAAACUUCCACUGAAUAUUCUCCAGAGUUAUACUUAUCUUUAGAGUUACUUAGUGUAAUCAUUGAUGCUCCAAGUUUUGAUUUACCAUCUCAAUUAUUCUACUAUACUUUCCCACUUUUAAGAAGAUUGAUUUUACAAACUAGUGAUAAUCAAAUUCUUCAAAAUGCAGGUGAGGUUCUUAUCAAUCUUUUAAAAAGAGCAUCUAAGUUAUUCUUGGAUUAUAAAGAAGAUGAUCAAUCUGGAAUGGAUUAUUUAUUAAACAUUUUAAGUAAAUUUUUAUCUCCAGAAUUAGGUGAUAGUGCGGCUAGUAAUUGUGGUACAAUUAUCUUUACUUUUAUUAAUGAAUUCCAAACUAGUCUUAGUAGUGAAUUUAUAUUUCAAAUUCUUGAAGCUACAGUCAAUCGUUUGAUCGUGGCUAAAGAGCCAAUCACUAUUGAGAAUUUAAUCAUGGUAUUCUGUAAGUUGGUUUUAAAUUCACCAGAAGGUAUGAUUGAUUUCUUAUACAAUAUGAAAAUAGAAAGCAAGAAUCAGAAUGGUCUUGAAGUGAUCCUACCAAUUUGGUUUGAAUCAUUUGAAGUUACUAGAGGUUAUGAGAAGAUUUUACAAAAUUCGUUAGCAUUAGCUAAAAUCUUUACACUUCAAGACAAACGAGUGGAAUCAUUAGUGGUUAAUGGUGAUAUCAUUCCAUAUGAAGGAGAUCUUAUUAUCACUAGAUCAAGAGCUCUUUCAAUGCCAGAAAGAUAUACUCAAAUUCCAGCUUCUCUCAAGAUUUUGAAAUUACUUGUUAGUGAAUUAACCUUCCAAAACCAACAACCCAAUGCCAGUGAUUACUUACCUGAAGAAGAUCAAUUCAAUGAUGACGACGGCGAUGAAGAAGGUUGGGAAGAUAUGGAUGAUAUUGGAGUUCCAAACUAUGAAAAGUUAAAGUCAUAUGUAGAUUCUGAUAAUGACGAACCAGAUGCAGAGGAUAAUAAUAGUGGAGAUUUGAAGGCUGCUCUUGUUUCAUUCUUCAAAGAAUGUACAUCCAAGAACUUGGGUGACUUCCAAAAGUAUUACAAUAGUUUAGAUGAAGAUGAAAAGAAAACCAUUACUGAAAAUAUAUUAUUUUAGAGUAUAUAGAAUCAUAAAUAGGCAUUAAAAUAUAUUUUCCAGACCGUAUACAUAAUUACUAAGGCCGCGCAUCUUUUGAUAUUUUGAUAUGACAAUUUUUUUUUUU